AUGCCUGCAAGCCGGCGCUGGGUUCAGACAUGUCCAGAAAGACCUUCCCCCUGUUGGUCCAGGACAGCUCGCAUUUGGCGUCAAGCAACUGCAAUAGCUCGCCUCAGUGAGCACUGCGCUGCAAAGUGUGAGGACAAAAUUAGCGCGACUGUAGUUUUGCUGCGUCAGGACACGUCUGACUCCGACAAUCAGCUAGCCCUCUUUGGAUUUCUGCAGAAUAUCUUGAAGGACUUAACCCAGCUGACCAGCCUUGCUGGCCUUUGGGGUGUAAGCCCCCGCCAAGUUGACCUGAGUUUCCCUGGAGCCUUCAACAAGGCCAUUGUGGGGAACCGGCCCGACUUCAGAGCUUUCGAGCCGGUGAAGAAUUACCAUGAGGGUACGGACAUGAUGGCGCGGGCGGAUGAGGCCGAAAUGGGCAAGGCAGCAAUGGAGGAUAGCAAGCUGGUUCUUCAGAACGAGAUUCGAAGAACGUAUGCAGUCAUCAUGAGGGCUGCAGGCCUUGAUCCGAAUCAUAAAUCAUCUUGGGAGCUAAUGCUCAGAUGUUUCCCCUGCAUGGUGUUUCCCUUCCCACAGGAGCACCUCCUGUCUCACCACUACUUUGCCCGCGAAUAUCUCUUUGAUAGAGGAGAUUUGGAUAGCCGUGAAUUUGGUGAUCCGCUGACGGCAGCAGCGUACAACGUUGUUGUCGAUGAGAUAGAUGGCGAGGUUGCCACUGAUGCCAGCGGCGCCUAUGAUAGAAAGGCCGAUGUCUCCCAAGGCUUGGCCCAGAAGCGUCGGCAGCGAGCCAGAAAGGUUGUGCAGGACGCGUUGGAUCGAUGGGAUACUGUGUUGGGUUGUCCCCACGCUGAAUGGAUUGAUGACUGCGAGCUGGUCUGCAGAAGUUUUCUGGAUACCGUGACUGAUGUGAUUGUUAUGGCACCAAUCACAAUGACGGAUGAAACUUGGUCGAAGCUCCGCGCUGCCAAGAGACUGUGGGGCAUGUUUUUUGCUCUGGACAAUGCCGCGGAGUACGGCCAUUGGGUUGUGGAUGACAAAGCCAAAAACAUUUUCAGGAACAACUUCAACACUGCCCUGGAUGAGCAGGGCACGCUGCGCAUGUUGAAACAGAUCCACACAAAGGAGCUUCGUGCGCAUUUCCAUCCUACAGAGCUUUUUAAGGGCGAGCUGGGCCAAGUCAGCUGGGCGGAUGCUAGGGACCUGGUCAAACCGGUCCACGAGACCAUGAGCACCGGAGGCGACUUGUCCACAGUUUCACCGAUGCUGGGAGUCUACAAUUGCUACAACUGCGCGAAGUCCCCCAAAGGCGAACCGCAACAGAUCUCGGACCCGUUGACAGUUUUCGAAUUCUUGAACUUUUCCCAUCGGUUUUCUCAGCAGGAUGUGGAGUCUUCGUUCAAUCCAGAGGAGUUUCUCCCUGUGGCUUCUUAUAGCCCAUCCCUCAUCAUGGCAGACCAUGCCACUACCGAGCAGAAUUUUAGAGCCGCCUGCGACUUUGCCAAGAGCAAGGGAAUCAGCGAGGACAAAUUGCACCAAGUUGUUCGCAAGGAGCAGGUGUUCGUGGUGAAGUUUACCUACGAGCCCUUGAACAAUGGAAUGUAUACUGGGCAUGGGCUUGUGCAACUUGGCAGGAUGUGA